AUGAAUCCAAAAGAAAACGAAGUCAAGUCUGAAGAGACGAACACUCAAGAGGUGAAAGAAGAGAUGGCCAUUGAUGUCGACCUCAUGGCUGACGACGAGAACGACGAAGAUUGGUCUCCGGCUUCAAUGAAAUCCGGCGGAAAGAUUGCGGAGUCGAGACAUCGUCGACGAAGAUCUGGUUCGAGAAGUCGAAGAGGAGGUCGAUCGCGAUCUGGCGGUCGACGCCGUCGUCGGUCUGGAGGUCGAAGAAAGGGUGGACGCAGAAGAAGGAGAAGAAGUCAAAAAUCAGGAGAAGAAGAGUAG